GCGUCUCGCAGUGCUUCAAGAAGACAUGUUUACCGCAAACAACAUCCAAUCGGCGACGGGCACACCAAUCGGUAUACAGUAUCAAACGACCACCACCACCGACAUCAACAAAGGCAACAAGCUGGAGGGCCAAAAGACGAAUCAACAGGCGCCGGAGUUUUCCACGUUCUACGCCAAUGUGAAUAUGAUACAAAAGCUAACGCCAACGUCACAGGCGUUGAGCACGGUUAAUCUGGCGCAGCUUUCCGAUGAGACCAAGACGGUACAGUACCUGCAACCGUUCGGGUAUACAAACUGUACGCUGGUCAACCAGAUGCCGAUCCCGAAUGGCGUUACCGGGAUUACUGUCGAUGGACGACAGCUCGUCGUCAACAAGCCUAUCACGAACACAAUAUCCAACAUCAGCUUCAAGUGCGAUGUGUGCGGUUUGAUGUUUAACCACCUAACGCUGCUGAACCAUCACAAGCGUACCCAUAACCAGGAUGGGGAAACGACAUCGGAUGCCAUUACGGUAGUAACGCAAGCUCAGAAUUUAGUGCAGGCACAAAAUCUCAUCUCCGAAACGGGUCAAAACCUUGGUCAGAUUCAGAUUGUCGCCACGGAAGCGCUUGAUCCGGCCCCGCAACAGCAGCAGCUGCAGCACGCGCAGGAAGCCGCCCAGCAGCAGCAAGCCCAGGCCCAGGCGCAAGCACAGGCCCAACAGCAAGCGCAACAGCAGCAGCAGCAGGCCGCCCAGCAACAGGCACAACAGCAGGCACAGCAGCAAGCGCAACAGCAGCAACAGCAACAGGUCACAACACACACCACCAAGGCGGACAAAUCCCAGAAAUGCAUCUCCUGCAACGGGCCCAUCCACAACAACCCGAAGCGAAAGGGACCGAAGCUGAUUCGGUGCGAAACCUGCAUCAGCAACGAUGGGGCACAACCGGUUGCCAGACCGACACAAAUCUUCGUUGCACCGGACGGGGACAUCAAGUUCGAAAUUGGCGAAAUACCGAACGCAUCCAACAGCAACUCGUCGAUGGACUCGCUGAUGCCGGGACAGAUGAACACGAUCAAGGCGGAGCAUGCGCUCGUACAGCAGCAGAACGCGCAUCCGGUGAAAAAACGUAAUUUAGCAACGGUUACCAAAUGUAACAAAUGUAACGGUUCUGGUGUAAUUAUAGUUGGUGGCCAGAAGAAGCUAAUGCACCAAUCGCAAAUCCAUCAACAACCUGAAAAGCCGUUCACCUGCAACACAUGCGGAGGACGAUUCUCGCGCUAUUCCAGCCUAUGGUCCCACAAGAAGCUGCAUACGGGUGAGAAGAAUUACAAAUGUAACGUGUGCGGUAUAGCGUUCGCAAAGGCCGUUUAUCUGAAGAAUCAUAUGCGCAUCCACACGGGGGAAAAGCCGUACAAAUGUGGAACCUGCGGCAUGCAGUUCUCGCAAUCGCCACAUUUGAAAAACCACGAGCGAACUCACAGCGGAGAGAAGCCAUACGUUUGUGAGGUAUGUGACAAAGGUUUUGCACGUCACGCCACCCUUUGGAACCAUCGUCGCAUCCACACCGGUGAAAAACCGUACAAAUGCAACCGCUGCCAGUCCGCAUUCAGUCAGGCCGCGCAUCUAAAGAAUCACGAAAAGGUACACUCCGGCUUAAAACCUUUCAAGUGUGACAUCUGUUCGGCCGCUUUUGCCGACCGGUUCGCACUCAAGAGGCAUCGCGGCAUUCACGAAAAAUAUGGUCAAACCACACCUCUUCAUCAGAACCAGCAGCAGCAAGCGACCCAGCAGGUGGUCACCCAACAGGUCGUCCACAAGGAGGAAGUAAUCGAAAUGGAAGAAAAGCCACGAGACGUUAUAAUCGGAAUGUAGAAACGUUCCCGCAAACGG